CGGGCCUGCAUGGAGCAACCGGGACACUGCACCCUGGCCCCCGCCACCCGCUUUGUCUCCUUCGACAGUGCCACCGGCACCACCACGGCCACCAGCAUCUAUGUGAUGACCGCCUUGUGUGACCCUCGCCGUCCCGGCUGGUUCCGGCUCUUGGCUGAUGUUGGGGAGAACCAGGACCGGCCGGCCGUGCUGGCCCUUCACCUCUUCAGCCCCCCGGCCUUUGUCACCGUCAAGAGGGACAAGAAGGUCUGGGUCAAUGGGGUCCCAGCCACCCUCCCUGUGGAGGUCUCCAGCACGUUGAGCAUCACUGAGACCCACGGCACCAUCUGGAUCACCCAAAAACCCGAAUUCGUCGCCGGCCUCAGCACCACCGGGGAGGUGACGGUGACGGUGGCCCGGGACCUGAGCAAGCAUCUCUGCGGGAUCUGCGGUAACUACGACGGGAACGCGGCCAACGACCUCCGAGGGCCCGACGGGAAAUUGGUGGGGGAUGUGGUGGCGAUGGCGAAGGCCUGGAGAGCACCCGACUUCACCCACUGAUGCAGAAAAAUAGCACUUAGAUGCCUGCAACUGCGACGACCCGCGCCUCAUCGCUGAGGUCAUCGUGGCAAAAA